UCAAGAGUGAACGAGGAAGUAGGAGGGAUUUAACAAAGAAGAUGGUCAGCAAAGUGUUACUCUGUGUGUUAUCAGUCACUGUUCUAUGUCUGGCAUUUGCACAAGCUCAACAUCAUCAGCUCAGCCAGAGUCGUUGUAGCUGCAUCCAGACAAUAAACCAAUUACACUCUUCAAUGAAAAUCAGCAAUGUUAAAAUCUCAUUGAAACAGAACUUUUGUGAAAAUGUGGAAAUCAUUGUCACCUUGCAGAAUGGUAGAAGAAAGUGCUUGAACCCUGAGUCUGAAAUUGGAAAGAAUAUUAUUAAUUUUAUGGAAAGCAUGAGGAAAACUACAAAAAAGAACUGAUUUUACAAAGUGAACAAUGCUGAACACGGAACACAACAGCAUCUCAGAACAUUAGCUGGCUGAACAACUAUUUCUAUUGUGUAAAGGUUACAAAUGUUGAUGAUAUGUUAUAAAGAUUUACUAUUUUUAAGCUAAUGAAAUACAAUUUACAAUUUUGGUCUUGGGAUUGUAAAUUUCAGAAUUCAUAAAGAAAGCUAUCUGCAGUACCUCGUCAAAUAACAGUUUGUUCUAAAUGACUUAAGUUUAUUUAAUUAGACAACAAAUUAAUUCCAUUGAUAUUUUCUGAUAAAAUAAGUUAUCUUAGUUGGUAGUUAAUGGAAUUAAUAGUUGUUAUAGCAAAUUUGCUUCAAUUCAUUGUCAAAAUUUGUGUACUGUUAAUUACUUGUCUUGUUUGACGCAAGAAGAUUCCUUUUUAAAUGUUUCUGACAUAUAUCAUUGUGUAUUGUCAACUUGCCAUUUAUUAAAUCAAUUAUAUUUAAGAUAAAUCAUAUUCAUGGAAAAGAAAAUAUAUUUGUCAUAACUAUUGAGAAAAACAAACUAUGCUAAAUGCUAUAUCACUGCAGGUCUGUUUUGAAAUUCAGUAACUGCAUUGCUUGCUUGAGUUAAAUUAAUUUACAAUCAGCAAUUAAAAUUUGUAUUGAAUGAUGAGCACAAUUCUGAAAUUAUAUUUUUAUAUUGCAAAUGUGGUAUUGUUAAUGAGUUGACCUAUUAAAUGUUCAUCACAAAGAAGCACAUUUUAAUUUAUAGUCAUUUUAUGAGUUAAACCAGUUAGAAUA